GCUCUUGUGAUGAGGUGACGAAGAUGUUAUGCCUAGACCACAACACAGUCGCAGCUGCAGCAGAAAGAGCUGAGAAACAGAGAGAGCUGGAGGUGAGUCGACAAAACAUCCAGCAGAGAAUCCAGGACAGAGAGAAAUAUGUGAAGCUGUUUCAACAGGAGGUGGAGGCUAUCAAUAGCUCUGCUAAUACAGCAGUGGAGGACAGUGAGGAGCUCUUCGCUGACCUGAUCCGUCUCAUGGAGAAAAGACGCUCUGAUGUGAAGCAGCAGGUCAGAUCCCAGCAGAAAACUGAAGUGAGUCGAGUCAAAGAGCUUCAGGAGAAGCUGGAGCAGGAGAUCACUGAGCUGAAGAGGAAAGACGCUGAGCUGAUGAAGCUCUCACACACAGAGGAUCACACCCAGUUUCUACACAGCUACUCCUCACUGUCACCAUUCAGCGAAUCUACAGACCUUUCCAGCAUUGUUAUUUGUCCUCGGCGGUACUUUGAGGAUGUGACAGCGGCUGUGUCAGAUUUAGCAGAAAAGCUAGAAGACUAUGAGUGUGAGGAAUGGACAAACAUCUCACAGACAGUGACUGAUGUGGAUGUUUUACUGUCACAACCGGAGCCCAAGACCAGAGCUGGAUUCUUAAAAUAUUCAUGUGACAUCAUAAUGAAUCCAAACACAGCAAACGGAAAGUUGAUAUUAUCCGAGGGGGACAGAAAAGCAACAGUAGGGGGAAUAUUUCAGCAUUAUUCUAAUAACGCAGUCAGAUUCUAUCCAUGGUUUCAGGUCCUGAGUAAAGAGUGUCUUCCCAGACGUUGUUACUGGGAGGUGGAGUGGAGAGGGAGGGGAGUUUGGAUUGCAGUUGCAUACAAGAAUAUCGGCAGACGGAGGGUUGUGGAAGAAUGUGGAUUUGGACUCAAUGACAAAUCUUGGGCAUUGCAUUUUAAACACAGCAAUGGUGGUUUUUCAAGGUUUUGGCACAAAAAUGUCAGCACUCCUGUCUCAGGUCCUCAGUCCUCCAGAGUAGGAGUGUACCUGGAUCACAGUGCAGGUAUUCUGUCCUUCUACAGCGUCUCUGAAACCAUGACUCUCCUCCACAGAGUCCAGACCACAUUCACUCAGCCUCUCUAUGCUGGACUUUGGCUUCAACCAUAUGAUUCUGUAGGAGACACUGCUGAGUUCUGUACACCCAGCAGUUUCUCAGCAGACGUCACCUAUUAAUAAACAUGGGAAAUCUUCUCAUUAGUUGGUCUGCAAAUGUU